GUGUACGUGGUUUGCCUUGACGACCGUAGACUCGCAGACGGCUCGCAAGAUGCCAAACCUGAAGCUGAUUAUCUGCCUUUAAACCACAAUAAGACUACUCCAAUGGCUACUGUGCUAACGAAUAAGCACUAAGGGGCACCUUCCAGUAGAACUUCGAGGGAUCAACGAUUUUCUUUCAGUAAAUCUUAAAGGUUUUAUCAGACGCGUGUAUCGCCGGAUCGUGAAACGAACAAAAUGAGUCACGCGGCUCCGGGUCCCCUUGAAGCUUAUAACAGCUUACAGGACAAGCAUCUAGCAGGGUACUUUAACAACUUGCGCAUGAAAAAGCACCUUAAAAAAUCUGGGCUGGUAUCAAAAAAUGGGCGUAUUAUUGAUGAGAAGACCUAUCGACUCUCCAUGGCCAAGAAAGAACAUAGAAAACAUGUGCGAGAUCUGUUAGCAACAGCCAUUAUACACAAAGCACUAGACAUGGAGCGAACCAGACAAUAUGAGAUAAGAAAGCGCUUGGAUGAGGUUUACAAGGUUGAGCUUGUACAAAGAGUUAAGGAUGAGAGAAAAAGAAAAGGAGAUGAGGAUAUUCUUCCAUUAUUGACCCCCCGUGAGCGCUCAGCACGGCGUUCCAAGAUAAGGGCACGCCCAGUGACAGCGCCUGCUGUCACCUCUAGUGUUCAACCCUCAGAGUUAACAUAUGAUGACUCUACGGGGAAACUAUACUACACGGUUGGGCCAAGUGGACAGGAAACUGCCAUGAACACAUAUCUGCGAGAUGACGAGGACCCUAAUGAUGGCUCCCCUUAUGCACGAUCUUAUCCUGGGACAUACCCUGUACCAGCCCCACCCACCACAGGAACUCCUCGUCACAGGUCUGCAACCACACCCAGGAGAAAACUCAAGUUACAACGAUACCACUACCUGGCAAGAACAGAGCCUGCGGUAGCUCAUAGAGUCCAGCUACAGUCGAUGGCCGAAGUGACCAUGAAGUUCCUGGGUCCAAGUCUUGUUCUCACCAAUAGCAUGUUUCCUGAGGAUCGACUGUCAGAGGUCAUGGUUCUACAACAGCAUUGUGGUGGCAGCACUCUAUGUGUUUUCAGGGAGCUGCUCCCCCCAAGCACGAUUUUCACAUUCAUAUCUCGUCGACACCGUGGCGCUCCAUUUGGCUUAACCUUCUACAUAGAUGGAAUGCAGGACAUCCGUCUUAGCUCGUGUUGCGAGUACAAGCACAAGCCAGGGCACAUAUUAGGUGGGAGGAAUGGCCACUUCCAAUUUGUACAAGUAGAGGGUGCAGCACCGUGUUAUAGAUGCCAAGUUGCAUCUGGGGUACGUAAUCAGAAACGUAAGACGAGUCGAGAAUCAGAACAAGAUGACAAGACUUUUAGCACUCAGAAUGAAGAAGAGAACCCGGAAAACCAAGAGACAUUUAAUGUCAUAAUUACAAAGAUCAAUACUGAAGACGAUGAGAAAGAUGGUGUGUCUUGCAUUAGGGUCAAAGCCACGCCCAACGGCUAUACUGUGGCUAUCCCUCAAUCACGGGGUGAGAAAGUUGACUCUUCCACACAAACGCCACGAGGGGACGAAGAAAGCAAAAACCAAGAGACGGAUGGCGAAGACAAGGACGAAGCCUCAAAGGACGAGAAAGAUGAAGAUCCAAAAGAAGAUGUUGCGGCUGAAAAGUACGAGGAUGACCAGUUCGACGAAGAUGAUGAUGAUGACAAGAAAGAUGAUGAUGAUGACAAGAAAGAUGAUGACGAUGACAAGAAAGACGCGGAGAAGGAAGACAAGGACGAAAGCGGCAACGAGAGUGACUCGUCCAGCUCUAGUUCAUCAAGCAGUAGCAGUAGUAGUGAUGAUGAUGACAGCGAUCAUGAUAAAGACGCGGAUGAUGACGAUGAGAAAAAAGACAAAGAUGAAUACAAAGAUGAUUUUGAGUCGGAAAAGGACGAGGAGAAGGAGAAAGAGCCUGCGGAAGCAGAAGAAGUGAUCGAAGAUGCCACUGAACCAAAAGAGGUGGUUGGAGAUACUGUAGACAUAAAAGAGGAGGAAGAUAUCCCUGACGAGACUGAAGGGCCAGAAAAAUCGGAAGAACCACCCGUUUCUGUACAAGAGGAAGCUGAAGAGCUGUCUGACGAAAUGAAACCAAAGAGGACUGUAUCGUUUGACGAAGAUGUAAAAGUGAUCGAUAGUCCAUCGGUUCCUGAGGUCGAAGAGGAAGAGAGUAACGCAAAUGCUGAAGUCGAGUCCAAGGAAACCAAUGCUGAGAUUCCAGAAGAAGACAAUGAAACACCAGAGAAGGAAGAUGAAUCAGCAGUCACUGAGGAACAAGCAGAAGAAUCCACCACGGAGGCUUCAGAGAACGAGAUCGCUAAAGAUGAGGCGGCAGUGGAUGAUCCUCAAGUGGUAGAUGAGCCAGACAAGGAAGCGACAACAGAUGAGGCACCAAGCGAUAAGUCAGAAGAGAAGGAGGAUCCAUCUGAGACAAAGGAAGAUGACGAUAAUAAGAAAGAAGGUGCUCAGGAAAGUCCAGAAAUAACAUCCCCGGUGGAGGAUGAAGUUGAUGGCACUGAAGAGAAAGGUGACUCAGAGCUUGAGGUUGUUUCUCCGGUCCCAAGUGAUAGCAGCUCCAGCAGCAGCAGCAGUGAAGAUGAGAAAGACGAUAAAGACGAGCCAGACCAUGACCCUGGCAAUGAUCCCGAUAACGUGUCAGACAAGCUGCCCGACCAGGCAUUGAAAACAAUCGGAGUAGAGCCUGGGAAUAAACACGAGGGCUCCAUUCAGCCAGCUAUCGAAGGAAAGAAGGAUAUCGAGUUCACUGGCGUAUCGUUUACUCCAGAACAGGUCGAUGAAUUAGCAGCUGCCAUCACCACCAAAGAAGACGUCACCUCCAUCACGUUACGAAACGCUACCAUUGACGACGAGGCAAUCGAGAAGCUUGCGGCUGCACUAAAGACCACUCAAAGCAUCAAGAUGCUCAAUCUGAAUGUGAAUAAAGUCGGUCCAGAAGGAGCUAAACACGUGGCAGAAGUCAUCAAGAGUGCCAAGUCACUUCGGAUGCUGCUACUUCACGGAAAUCCUUUGACAAAUGAAGGAGUUUGCACCAUCGUGGAUGCAAUUCUGGGAUCACCGGAAUCGUCCAUCACGAACCUCGAUUUAGGGGACUGUGGAAUGACGGAUGAGGGAGCAGGUUACAUUGCCCGACUCCUGGAGAACAACUUGACUGUUAGCGAUCUGACUAUCAGCUGUAAUUUGAUUGGUCAUGAGGGCUGUAAGAAAAUUGGCAAAGCUCUGGAGCAGAGCACGGCCCUUAAGGCAUUAUCUCUUGACUUCUGUCAACUUGGAGAUGACGACUCCGAAAUAAUCGCUGAAGCUUUGAAAAAGAGCACCUCUCUUCGAUCACUCGAUCUCGAAGGGAAUAAAAUUGGGGACAAAGGAGGAACCAGUUUCUUAGAGGCUCUCAAAGUAAAUGAAUCUCUAGUGGACCUAACGCUUAUGCCGGUCAAUGAUAUCUCUAGACAUAUCCAUGAGGAGAUCAAAGAAUUAUUACAAGGCAGAGCUAAGCAAAGACCUAGUACUAGUUCCAGAAAAUCGGACACUCCACCAUCGGAGACUGAAGUGAGGGAGGAAGAACAAGCUUCAGUUGAUGCUCCUCCCGAGAGUGAGUCUUCCGUUAACGCUAAUACUGAUGCUAAGCAGAGGUAUAUGGAUGAUGUUGAUGGGGCCGUUGAUUCUGCAAAGAAGGAGGAGCCACCCAAGGAUGAGGACCAACCUGGCGAUGUCGAGCCCCCAAUUAGUGAUUCAAAGGAUGCUGACGACAAGACUUCGGACGCCGCUGAUGAGGCAACCGCGCCAAAAGUUGAAAGCUCACAGGAUGAUAUCCAUAAUGUUAACGAAACACCACAGGGAUCCCACGGUGAUGGGGUAGACUCACCACAGGAAGCCACUACUGAUGAGCCAGAGCCAAAACAGGGAGCGGAAAUGGGUGGUGACGCUGAGGUAGACAACUCGAGUUGAGGGAAACAAAUAAGGCAUGAAAUCGCCUAUCGCUUCCACACACAAAUUUCAUCAAUUUACUUCAAAUUUCUUAGUAGUAAAACUAUAAAUUCACAUAAAAGCACAGCAUUUGAGACAUGGAAAUCUUCGAUACCAACCCUUUUCAACAUACUAUUUCCAGUUUUGAUUUUGAAAAAUUUGUGGAGACCUAGGCGCGUGUCGCGUGAAUUUUAGUUUUAUAGUUAUGAAUAAUGAGGUUCUUAGAGCCUUUUCGUGUGUACAUAGUUAACCGACUCUUAUCAUGACUGUAUAUGGGUACUGAGCGUGAAUAAAGGCAUAUCCUGACCGUAACUAAUUCACUCUGCAUUUGAGGAGCUAUACCCCGUAUUUCUCGGAAUUUCACAUUCUCAGAAUUAUUCUAGGAAUACGAUUGGAAUAUUGUGAAACUCGGGAACGUAUCGCAUUACAUUAUUAUUUAUUGGGAUGUAUUUACCCUGCAUGAUUUGACUGCAUAAUUAUAUUUAGAUUCUUAGUUUUUGAAAUAGAUAUAAAAAAUUAUUUUGUAACGCUAGAUGAUUUGCUUAGUGAUUAGAAAGCGUAUGUCAAAUUGAAGUCGUUGGACUGAUAAAGUAUAAUGCAUUAAAGUGUUUUUGUACAGAAA